CAUGCCUCCUUCAGCAUCUGGCCGCUGACGCAGCGGACGCGGGAGGCAGAACGCCUUGGAGCGGCGCUGGUGGACACCCUGGCCGGGAACACCCUCCUCUGCAAGCGCUACGACGUCGUACUGGCGGUCGACGCCGAGCCCGCCGCCCGCGCCAUCGAGGCCGAGGCCUUUGACGCCGUCGUCGUCGCCGGUGGGGCCACCGCAUCCGUCGAGGAGGGCAUCGAGGCGCUGCAGCUCUACUCCAAGGAGGUCAGCCGCCACCUCCUCGACUUCGUCAAGUCCCGAUGUACCGCCGCCAAGGACGAGCCGCCGUCGGAGGUGUCGCCGGCCGUUAAGAAGGAGACAUCCGAGGCCUGA